AUGGUCGUUGCCGCGCGGUCAGCCGCGCUUAUGGAGCAUCUCGCCCUGAGGCUGCAACCGCUCUUUGGUGGCUCUACUUACCAGCCGCUGCCCACGAUGACCUCUGCCUCUGUUCCUGCUGAUCCCGUCGUCAUCUUGACGGGCUCGCGUCCGCGCAGCAGCCGCCGCCUGUUGCAAACGCACCACCGCAAGCUGCUAGCCGCCGCCCUCCUCUCCUUUGUCGUUUUUGCGAUCGUCGUGCCGAUCUUCAGCCUUGGCAGCGGCCAACAGGCGGCCACCCGUCGCGCCCGCUGGCGUGUUGGCCGUGAGGCCUACAUCGACGCCGUUGUGCAGAACCCGGUCGAGGGCCUGCUGGACCCUGAGCCCAUCCGCCGCCAAUGCGGCGAGACGUCCUUCCAGCUCGGCCUCGUCUGGCACUGCGACUUGGCUACUGGCGGCAUUGCUACCCAGACAAACAUCUGGCUCAAUUGCCUGCGCUAUGCUCUCGAAGCAGGAGCCACUACCGUCAUCCUGCCUCGCAUCAGUACGCGCGACGAUCACGGCCACAUCAUCGACCUUGAAGGCCAAGGCACAGACCUCGCCCAGGUCUACGACGUCGACUUCUUUCUCACAGCCUGGCACGAUGCCUGUCCACUGAUGCGCGCUGUGCUCUCCGACGCUGACGUGCCAAACCUGCCGCCGCUCGCCUCUUCGCCCCGCCUGAGCCCCAGCGCCAUCGGCCACUUUGCUCGUAAGCAGGAUCUCAUUAUCGACCCGCGCGAGUGGCGUCACGCCUUUGACGACUGGCUGGUCAACAGCGCUGGCUCCGAUGCUGUCACCAUGUCGGCUGAACAUCCUGUACGCGUCGUCCAGCAGGCUGCCCUGGCCCAGUGGAAUCGCGAUGCCCACUCUCCCGGCUUUACCAAUGCUUUUCCGCGUCUUAUCCGCCAUCCGGCCGACAUUCGCCGUGUCGCUGCCGUUGCACUCUGGGCCCUCGAGAACAGCGUGCACCAGGCCGUCGUCUCCGACGCCGUGCUGUUUCCUCAUUUAGUAGACAAGUAUGCUGCCAUUUCGGCCAGCAACGCCCGCCUGCCGCUCAUCAACGGCUCGCUCUCCACCAAGCUCGGUCCUCAUCGCAUCGCGCCAGCCGGCUUCCUGGGCGUCCAUCUGAGCGAGCCCGACGACGUGACCACCCAGGCCGGCUGGCCUGGUUACCACGUCCAAGCGACGGCGUACUUUGACGAGGCCGUGAGCAGCGGCCUGUCGACCGUCUUUCUGGCCUGCGGCUUCGAGAACUACGCCAAGCGCUUCCGCGGAGACGCCUGGCACCGUUUUCACCACGACGCUGCCCACCGCAGCCUCAAAAUUGUCAACACCGAGGAGCUGUUAGACGGCACCCCUGAGCUGGGCCUGCUGCGCAAUAUGACCUGGGACCAGCGGUCCGCCGUCGACUUUGAGGUCCUGCUGCAUGCUAGUCGUUUUGCUGGCUUCGUGCGCAGCCGCUUCAGUUGGCAGCUGGCCGUCCGUCGCAGCCUCGUGCCCGAGGCUGGCAUUCCCACCCUCUCGGCGAGGUCGCUUCCCGUCGUCCCUGUCGUCCCGGUCGAGGCCCCGACCGAAAACUACGAAAAGUACCGCGACGGUCUCAGCGUGAUCGUCGGCAAUGCCGAUUCCAUCGUCAUCCAGGGCAUCUGGCCAUGA